AUGAAAGUUUACUGUGGGAAGAAUGUGAAUCCUGGUGUUCCUCUUGCCACUUCUGUUGUUAUGAGCUUUAUGAGUGGAUUACUAAAUGAAGGCAGAAUCUUAUAUACAGACAAUUUUAACACAAGUGUUCAUCUAGCACUCGAGCUUCUUGAACGAUCAACACAUUUAGUUGGUACUGUAAGAUCAAACAGAAAACUGAAUCCUCAAGAUGUUGUACAGGCAAAACUAAAGAACGGGAAACACAAAGUAAAGGAAAGUAGCACAGGUGUAGUAGUACUGAAAUGGAAAGAUAAGAGGGAUGUUCUGAUGUCGUGUGCUGUUCAUGGAGAAGAAGAAGCAGAAAUUCAAACCAGGAAGGGCACAAAGAAAAAAACAGCAAUGAUAAUUGACUAUAAUCAAUCAAAGUCUUUUAUAGAUCUUUCUGAUGGAAUGAAGUCGUACUCGCAUUGA